UCCCAUAUUGAACCCGAGUCGGAGGCGGCGAGUCCGGUCGCAAAAUGGAGGUAAAACAGCCGCCCGGUCGCCCCCAGCCCGACUCCGGCCGCCGCCGCCGCCGCCGGGGGGAGGAGGGCCAUGAUCCAAAGGAACCAGAGCAGUUGAGAAAACUGUUCAUUGGUGGCUUGAGUUUUGAAACUACAGAUGAUAGCUUGAGAGAACACUUUGAGAAAUGGGGCACUCUCACGGAUUGCGUGGUGAUGAGAGACCCACAGACGAAACGUUCCAGAGGCUUCGGCUUCGUGACUUACUCUUGUGUAGAAGAGGUAGAUGCAGCGAUGUGUGCUCGGCCCCACAAGGUGGAUGGCCGCGUAGUGGAACCAAAGAGAGCUGUUUCUAGAGAAGAUUCCGUAAAGCCUGGAGCCCAUCUAACAGUGAAGAAAAUAUUCGUUGGUGGCAUUAAAGAAGAUACAGAAGAGUAUAACUUAAGAGAUUACUUUGAAAAGUACGGGAAGAUUGAAACCAUAGAAGUCAUGGAAGAUCGGCAGAGUGGGAAGAAGAGAGGAUUUGCUUUUGUUACUUUUGAUGAUCAUGAUACCGUUGAUAAAAUUGUUGUUCAGAAAUAUCAUACUAUAAAUGGGCAUAACUGUGAAGUGAAGAAAGCCCUUUCAAAACAAGAAAUGCAGUCGGCUGGCUCACAGAGAGGUCGUGGUGGAGGCUCGGGCAAUUUCAUGGGCCGUGGAGGAAACUUUGGAGGCAGUGGAGGGAAUUUUGGCCGUGGAGGGAACUUUGGUGGAAGAGGAGGCUAUAGUGGUGGAGGAGGUGGUGGUAGCAGAGGUAGCUACGGAGGAGGUGAUGGUGGAUAUAAUGGAUUUGGUGGCGAUGGUGGCAACUAUGGAGGUGGUCCUGGCUACAGUAGUAGAGGGGGUUACGGUGGUGGACCAGGAUACGGAAACCAAGGUGGUGGUGGUGGAUAUGGUGGUGGUGGAGGAUAUGAUGGUUACAAUGAAGGAGGAAAUUUUGGUGGUGGUGGUGGUAACUAUGGUGGCAGUGGAAAUUACAAUGAUUUUGGAAAUUACAGUGGACAGCAACAGUCAAAUUAUGGACCCAUGAAAGGAGGCAGUUUUGGUGGAAGGAGCUCAGGCAGUCCCUAUGGUGGUGGUUAUGGAUCUGGUGGUGGGAGUGGUGGAUAUGGUAGCAGAAGGUUCUAAAUACCCAGCAGAAAAGGGUUGAAUGACAGCCACUUCAUGCCUAAACGAGGAAAGUCUUGCAUACCAUCUUAAAAUUCGAAGGUUUCUGGCUGGGUAAGGUUUGUAGUGUAUACUAAAAUGUCUGCUCGUGACCCUUUGCGUUUAUGGGCCUUUCAAUUUUAGCCCUUUAUUUCACGCUGGUAUUCUGCACGUCUCCCCUAUUCCGAAGGUAGUGGGGUGACCGAAGGUCAGAAGGCCUCCUAAAAUUACUCUUUUUCUUUUUCCUGGGACCAGUUAACACAGGCAAUCGACCUUUGGGUUUAUAUUCUACAGCCGAUCUGAUGACUUGUUUAUUAGUGCCCUUGCAAUAGCAUGAAUAUGCCCUCGAGCAGAAUCAAGUUCCACAAGCAGGAGACCAUUCCCUCUGAAGAGCCUAUGCAAAACACCGUCAAUAAUCUUGCAUUGAUGAACUUGUUUAGCUGGGGUCAGUUUAUUAAUUGGGGUGGUAAAGCUUGGCAGUCUGGCAUUCAUAUUCGUUUGAAUGAGUGAGUAAAACAUGACUCAUUUAUGCACUUAGCAGAAACUUAAUUUCCAAGCCUCCUCAUUUUAGCGGAGGGUGGGAGAAAGGAAAACUACCUUUAAUCCACGUUAGACAUUCACUCAGCAUCAAGAUACAAAACAGUUACACUAAAAUCACGCAUUAUCAAAGAGGUUUUUGUUUUAAAAAGCUUAUACCUAUUUUAGGCUGCUCUCUUGUAUUGAGUGGUACUGAUCCCGAGGGUUACUUGGUUUUGGAGGAGUUGGUGCCUUUGAGUUCUGCCAGUUAUCUAUGCAAAUGACAUCCUGUUGGCCAGAAAUAUUUACCUUUACAAGGUGAUGAGUGUACUACCCGCUUGGUGUUUACCAGCGUGCUUUGGGACACCACCUACCUGUGGAAGCUCAGUGGCAUAAGUGCUAACAAAGCGCAGAUUCCAAAGCUACGUUUACCCUUAAUGACUUCGACUUUGAAGUAUGCUGCCGGACCAAAUACACGUUCCCUUGAAAAGUAACGUUCUUACAUCUUUAAACACCAAAAGCUGUUCACUUGUGGUUGCUGGUUAAUAAAGAAGGAAAAAGUGACAGUUAAAGUGAAAUUGGUCUCCCUUAAAUUUAGCUUUAUUACUUUCUGGGUGCCACUGAAAUGGGCAACAGCGGUGCCAUGCCAAGCCAGGAGUUCCAGCACCUGACUCCUACAGGGUGGGUUCAGGUGUCGCUGCUGCUGUUGCUCAGUCCUGCUGAUUACCUAUGCUGCCAAGUUCACUGAUCGGGCACCUCUGCUGACAUGGCAGGGUAAGUGAAAGGUCUAGGGGUGGCAGCCUUAGCAAAACCCAGCUUGCUCCCUCGUUUUUCCCCCAGGCCACCUCACCUGGGCAUUGUUGGACACAAAGGAAAAGCCUUGCACUUUGUAUAGGUAAUCCAAAGUCUUUACAGUGGUGUGAAAGUCAACAACUUCCUAAUGUGGAUGAUCUCCAAUCACCAGGGUUGAAAGGACAUACUUGAUUUCUGACAGGUGCAUGGGUGGUGGUUUACAAUCCCUAGAAUUUAAUUUCAGGAGAAAUGAGUGUUUUGCUGCAAGGUGCCAAGGGAGCUUUUUGAUCAAUUUAGCAAUACGUCUCCAGAGAUACUAAAGAGAAAGCCAUGUUUCUGCUCUGGUAUGACAUUGGAAACGGAAGGUCAUUUUCCUUUUCCUGUAGCCUACAGUAAAUAGCCAAGUUGGCCUUUAUUGCCCAUUAAUAACGGUAAAACUUGUAAAACAACUGCUUUGUAAGUGUACUUUCACUCAUUGGAAAUCGAGUAAUUGUAUUUAUUGAGCACUUACUGUGUGCAGAGCACCGUACUAAGUGCUUGGGAAGGGAAUGAGGGGGUUGGUAAGAAACCAAGAAUGGUAAGCAAUUUCCAAACAAAGCAUAUAGGGGUGAAAAGUUUUUUCAUAGGUCACACAGCUAAUUGUUUUAUUGAGAAACUAAAAACACCAGAUUUGAGAUUUGAUUAUCAGCUUUGGUUAUGCAGAUUGACAAUCCUUCCUAAAGCAGCAGUAUUCCAGCCGGUGAUGUAGGAGAUAAAAUAAGGCUCAUAAUUGGGGUAGUAGAAAUACUUGUUUGCAUCAGUUAACCGAAUGUGACCAAGACAUUGCCUGUGGUGGAUUUGAAUGUUCAGUGUUGGUUAUUUGUAGGAAAAUCAAAUAUGUACAUAAAACUUUUAAAUUAAAGUAUUUUUGAAAGAUGUGUGUUUUGUAUUUACACCACUGAUUCAAGACAUUGUUCCUUCAAGAAGAGCUUAAAGCAAAAAUGAAAGAACGGUAAUAAGUACAGGUAUGUAUGUGGGAGAAGGGGACAGAGGCUAUCCUGGAAUGACCCCUGGAGAAAGUUUGAGAGUUGUAAUGGCAAAUGUUAAGACUUAAGGAACCAAUCACUUGUUGGUAAUCUAAAAUAGGCAAGACUUCCAAUGAAUUUUAGAAACUACCCCUGUGGUUUCAAGAUAUCACCUAAGCAUUCUCUCCCUCUAGCAAGCCUUCUGACAAUUUUCAUCUUAGAGCAAAGGAAUUGAUGUUCUUUUAGAUGUGUGGUGUUUCUGUAAUGGAUCUUUCAGUUUUUCCCUUAGCUUGUAUUUUAAUUGAACAUGACCAUUUUUUAAUACAUGGCAUGUAUGGGUAUUUUGUGCCACCCCUGGAUUUUUGCCUCUCUACCCUGGCCCAUGGAUUCCUAGUGAGAGAAUCUCUCUCUCUGUGUGUGUAUGUGUGUGUGAGAGAGAGAAAGUGCUUUGAGUUCUGUCACUACUUGUAACAGUUUUUAGAGAAUGUAGUAGAGCAGGGUAAGAUCAUUUAAGAUUAAAAUGAGCCUUGGAGGUUUCUCUGUCGGGCUGUUCUCGUCAUAAAGCAGUGGUGUGGUAUAGUGGCUUUCUCAAACAGGUGACUGUGUAAAAGUUCUAAAUUUGCGAUCAGUGAUUGAUUCUUAACGUCACACGUGGUAACUUGUCCCAACUGCUGUACUUCUGUGAAUUGAACUGUUUAGUGUGUUUCAUUCUGAAAGGACUAUAAUGGAGAAAUAAAUGGCUGGAAUCAAGUUACAUCAACA